CAGAAGUAGAAGUUCGCCAUGGUUUGACUUGUUUCUGCGUGUUUUGCCCUUUUUUUCCCACGGACUCUGCUGGAAGUUGCAGCGGGAUGAGCACCGGCCUCCCCUUCUCCUCUCGCCGGUCCCCUGUACUGUGUUUGCACGGCUGCGUGGCGUCCAGUCAGCCGCUGGCCUCAGCCGUGGGUCUGGAUGUCCUGAAGCGCGGCGGGAAUGCUGCAGAUGCGGCAGUGUCCAUAGCAGCAGCUCUGGCGGUAACUGAGCCAUGCAGCACUGGCCUGGGCGGGGAUGCCUUCUGCUUGUUCUACAACGGCAGCACUGGAGAAAUCCAAGGGAUCAAUGGCAGUGGUCGUUCCCCUCAAGCUCUGACCCUGGACUUCCUGGAAGGACUUGGCUACUCAGCAGAGGCUCCUCCUUCAGUGUUCGAUGCUUUGAAUGUUACUGUCCCAGGAGCUCCUGCGUGCUGGUGUGACACUGUCCAGUUGUUUGGAAGCCAAAAGCUGUCUAUGCAGGACGUUUUGAGCGGGGCCGUGGAGCUGGCGGAGAAGGGCUUUCCUGUUUCUCAGGUGACGGCGCACCACUGGGCAAAGUGGGUGGGCGCUCUGAGAGACUCCGGGAAGGAGCCGGGGGAAGACCUGCUGAUCGGUGGUCAUCCCCCCAAACAUGGACAAGUGUUCAGAAACUAUGCAAUGGCUCAAACCAUAAAGGAGCUUGGUGAGCGCGGCAAACCGGCGUUCUACCAGGGCAGAGUGGCUCGAGCUAUCGUUGAUGUCAUCGGCCAGAACGGAGGGGUCAUGACUCCGGAGGACCUCAGCAGCCAUGACAGCGAGGUCGUCAGCCCCAUAAGCACAGAGUACAAGGGCGUGCGUCUGUGGGAGCUUCCUCCCAACGGUCAGGGCCUGGUCGCCUUGCUGCUCCUCAACAUCCUGGAGAACUUUCCUCAGCUCAAAGCUGGAGGCCACAACAGCCCAGACUACGUCCACGUAUUUGCGGAGGCCGCGCGUUUGGCGCAAACGGACGCCUUUCGUUACCUGGGCGACCCCGCCCAUGUGACCGUCCCUUUGGAGAGCUUGCUGGCUAAGAGCUACAGCCGGCAGCGGGCGCGGCUCAUCAGCACGGACAGGGUGAUGGAGCGUGUAGAGCCAGGCCUGCCGACAGGAAGUGACACGGUCUAUUUCUGUGUGAUUGACGGCCAGGGGAACGCGUGUUCAUUCGUCAACAGCACCUACAUGGGAUUUGGGACAGGCCUGGUCCCUAAAGGCUGCGGGUUCUCGCUGCAGAACCGUGGGGCCACGUUUUCCCUGCAACGCGGCCACAUCAACUGUGUUGCUGGCGGGAAGCGGCCGUAUCACACCAUAAUACCCGCGCUCCUCACCGACGCCUCGACCAACGCGGGAAAACCCCAACUCCUCGCUGCGUUGGGGGUGAUGGGGGCUUUUAUGCAACCUCAGGGACACAUCCAGGUCUUGUUGAACAUGCUGGAGUUUGGCAUGAACCCUCAGCAGGCUCUGGAUGCACCGAGAAUCUUUGUGCAGUACGAAGAGAAAACCAAUCAGUGGUUAGUUAAUUUGGAGGAGGGGAUCGACCAGGAAGUGGCUGUGGAGCUGAGGAGAAGGGGCCACAGAGUCAACUGGCCAGUCACAGGCCACGAGAGGGCUCAGUUUGGGUGUGGACAGAUAAUCGCAGUGGGGGAUUGGUGGAAUCCCUCCGUCUCUCCAUGCAGGGUGCUGUGGGCAGGCUCAGACCCCAGAGCUGAUGGAUGUGCUCAGGGAUACUAGCAACAGAAUAAUCGGAACCAUUUCCCUGAAAAUUCACACAAAUGAAACGUGUUUAAUUCGAACAAGUUGGUUUUGGUUUAAUCCCUUCUAUGUUUUUUUUUUACUGACAAUGUUUAUUUUGCUUUAGUUUUAUGAUUCAACCAAAUGAUUGUAAUGCUGGUUAAUAUUUGACAAAGCUGGUUUUAUAUCACUGUGUCUCAGAGGUCACAUGGUACCUUCACUAGGUGCUUUAUUUCUCGAUAUGUAAUGAUUUGUCUUUUCUGUAAAUGAUCCAAGUAUACUUAAAAUUGCCGGGUUUAAUUUGCAAAAACAGUUCAGCAUAAAAUAGAAUAUUCUAAAUAUUUCUCUGGUGGAAAAUGUGCCGAUUGACCCUCCGAUGCUACAGAUUGUUGGACUUAAUUAACAAAUAAGACAAUAACUAUGUUAAAUAUUUGAGUCCUUUUGAUUGUCGUUGUAGUUUUUAAUGAUUUUUAACAAACUUUGAAAUGUUGUUAUGUUUUUUUGGAGGUUUUAAUAUCUACAUUUAAGAUAAUCGGUCAAGAUAUUAUUAUUUGUUAUUAAUCUAUUCAAAUUUGCUUUACAUUUGUUAAGCAAUCAAAAAUAAACUGAACUUU